CUCCACUUGCAGCUUCUAAAGAGCUGCUCCAAGGCACUUCCUGCUGCUGGGCACUGCGAGGGAUCCGCCUCCCAGCAGGGCUGGCUUUCAAACAGGCACAACCAGAUUCCCCAGGCACAAAGUAAUCAAUUUGCCUGUCUCCUGCAGUUGCAGAAGGCAGUUUCUCUCUCACUCCACCUACCACUCCUGAGGAUGAUCACAUUUGGACGAGGAUAGAAGAAUUUAAAGCAGGAGGAAUGAAGGAAAUACUUAAUGGAAUGUUACUCAAGACAAGUUGCCUAGGGAAUAUUCUGGAAAAAUGUUUUUUGGGAUUAUACUGAAGCUUAACCUCAGGAGUUCCUGUGUAAAGGGUAAAAGCCACCAGCACAAGAUUCAGAGUGCAAUGAAACAAACCAAACAAAAAAGAUACUGGAAUUAACUUCCUGUGUUGCAAGAAGAGAGAAAAAAAAAAAAAAACAGCAAAGAAUCCUGACCACAAAAACGAUGAGAGACCGUCUGCAAGAGCUCAGACUGAGGGCUAAGGAACUACAGAUGGGUGGGGAAAACAAUGGGGCAACUGUACAAGAAGAGGAGCAGGAGGAGUUUGAACAGCAGGCCAUUAUUUAUGAAAAGGAGCCCAUAACUGAAAGGCACUUGCACGAAAUCCAGAAGCUUCAGAACGAUAUUAAUAACCUGGUGGAAGAAGUCAAUAAAUUCAGCCAACAACAAAAAAGCCUCGUGUCUUCAAUGAGAAGAUUCAGCGUUCUCAAAAAGGAAUCGAACAUAGCGAGGGAGAUCAAACUGCAAGCAGAACACGUCCGCAGAGGUUUGGAUGAGCUGUCCAAAACAGUGAGGAAAGCUGAGAACGAGCAGGGCCCGGCCAGAGCCACGGUGAGGAUCCUGGCGGCCCAGCACGCCUUCCUGUCCCACCGCUACCUGCAGGCCAUGCUCUCCUACAACGAGGCCAUCACCGCCAAGCAGGACAAGUGCAGGACCUUCAUCCUCCGCCAGCUUGAGGUGGCUGGGAAAGAGGUGUCUGAGGAGGAGGUCAAUGAUAUGCUCCAGCAAGGAAAAUGGGAGAUUUUCAAUGAAAAUCUGCUCACUGAAGUCAAGAUUACUAAAGCUCAGCUGUCAGAGAUUGAGCAGAGACACAAAGAACUGGUCAAUCUGGAGAACCAGAUCAAAGAUGUGAAAGAACUCUUUAUCCAGAUCUCACUUCUGGUGGAGGAGCAAGGGCAGAUGAUCAACAACAUAGAAAUCUACAUGAACAACGCUCAAGAAUAUACUCAAGCAUCUAAAGAAAAGUUUGGGCUUGCAGUCAGGUAUAAAAGAAGAAACCCUUGCAAAGCAAUUUGCUGCUGGUGUUGUCCGUGCUGCAGAUGACACCAGAAAUGAACUGUUUGAAAUAUCAGUGGUUCCUCCACACCAAACUGAUCUUGGAAAGCACUCUUGGGAGUGCUCAACUGCUUCAACUGCUCACUUCUCAACUGCUCACUUCUCUUCCCAUUUUCCCUUCAGCAGAGCUCUCAGGAAAAACUGCAUCCGUCUUUCAAGACAGAGUAAAGAAUUUUAUGGUUUUCACAGAAACACGUGAACUACGGGAAAGGAUCAAAGGAUGAAAGUGACAUGUUUUUUGGUUCUUAGAAACUUCUUCAAAGUUUAGAAGUUCUAAAGUUUAGUUUGGUUGUUCAAACUAAAACAGUGUGGCAACAAGCUCCCUGUGCUGUUGGGAGGCAUUGAAAAUAUUGUUAAUCUCAAAGACAGGAUUCAUAAAAAGGUUUUACUUACUUUUCACAAAAUAAUAAUAAGUAUUUUUAAUUGUCUUGUGGUUUUUUAGCAUUUAUAUUUACUUGCUCAAAUUCUAAACAGUUUUUUUCCCCAGGAAUCUAAAAUUCUACUAAACAAAUCUCCACACAUAAAGCAGACACCAUUAGUAACAAUCCAGAAUGGGAUGCCUAAACCAAACAAGAGGUCAGAAAACUUAUGAGGAAUGUUUCAAUACUACAUCUGUAGGAAAACUUCAUAAACUUUUCAUAAUUGACACAGAGAUAUUUAUAUUAUUCAGCUCUACAGGCAGAGACCUACCAGGAUAGGGGAAUAUGAUCCUUAAUUACACACUCACAAGGCACAUUCUUAAUGCUGCUUAUCCUACCUAAAUACACAAUCACAUUUGCAGUCUCACUUUUGCUAGCACAAAAAUUAUUGAGAAAAUAGAACUCCAUCCUUACACCCCCUACUCCUCCCCCAUAAUCUAGAAGCAGAAAAUUAUUUAGGGUGGAAGGAACCUCUUGCAACCAAUAGCUCUCCAUGCAAUUGAACAGACAAUAGCAAUGUAACUGAGACAAAAAAGUUUUUUCCAAAAAGAAAUUUUUAACAAAAAUCCACACUAAAACCAAACAGCACACCAGAAAUGUAUUCCUGAACUGCUUUGUGCUGUGCAAAGACAUUUUAUUUGGAUAGUCAGAGAAGGCAGAAAAAACUGCACUGCAAUUCAGCAAGUGAACUGGAUGUCUUUAGUUGCACGUAGUGGGGAAAAAAAAUAAUCUACAAUCAAAGUCAUUUUCACAUUGUGGCAUUUAGAAAUAGUUGGAUUCCUUCCAUCCCAGAUAAAAACUGCAACAGAAAUUAACUGCUAUCAAAAUACAAUCAAAGCUCUGAACCUUAAAGUAAAAAAUACUAUUUACACAGUAGCAACAAAAAAUAAACUUAGAUGAUGACAUCACUGAAAAGAUUUCAUUAAAUCCUCUCCCCUAACUGCAUAUAUUAAAAAUACCUUCAUAUUCCAAGGGCAGAGUAGAAAUUAGCCAAUAAACAAGAGCUGUACUUCCAAUAGUGGAGUAAAACUCAAGUUUUCAAAAAUCAAGUUUUAAUAUGUAGGAAAAGAGCUGGCUGAAUUUAUUUCCAGAUGUAAAUUGGUAAGAAACAGGCAAAACAUAAAACACACUGAAGGAGAACUGGAAAGUGAGAAAGACUUGUGGAAAACUUUUCCUUGAUAAGGGGGUACUAUUAACUGAAAAUAAAUAGCAUGAAAUAAUAGUAUGAGCUACAGUUUACACUGAAUUUGAUAUUGAGCAUUCAGAAUUAUUAGCAGCAGAAAUUUGCAGUAAUCAUUGAAGUAACUUUCCAGUGUUUUCAGUAGUCACAUAAAUAUGCAGAAAACCAAACAAAACCCAGCUGCAAAUGUUCUAUGAAGAAAAGUGAAACAUUAAUAGCUAUAAUCCCUUAUCACCAAAAUAACAGGUAGAAAGUAGCUUUCUCCUGACAAAAUACCUGCCCAAAAAAUCUCCUUGGUAUAAAAUAUCAGUCACAGCACAUGGACUUGCAUUUCCUCUUGCACAUGCUCCAUGUCAACUUAAAUUAAAAAAACCCACAAACAAAACAAACACUCCAAAAAAACACAACUAAUCCCAAACAAAACCAGCAU